AUGCAGAGCGAAGGAGAUACCAAAGGAGGUCGGUCCUCUCGCAGGCCACGCGUGCUCUUCUCCCGGGCUCAGGUGAGCGAGCUGGAGCGUCGCUUCCGCCGGCAGCGGUACCUGUCGGCGGCGGAAAGGGAGCAGCUGGCUCUUGUCAUCAAGCUCACUUCCACCCAGGUCAAGAUCUGGUUCCAGAACCGCAGGUACAAGUGCAAGCGCCAAAGUCAGGACAGGAAUCUGGAGCUGGCACCCAAGAGGGUGCCCGUGCCGGUACUGGUCCGCAACGGGAGGCCGUGCGGGGCAACGUCGCUUUUCCUGCCUGCUCACGAUGCAACUUUGGGCCAUUAUAACAACAUGGUUGGAUAUGGGAACAGUGGAGUGUAUGGUUGGAGUUAUCACAGUGUGUCUGCUGAUGUCAAAAACAGAGAGGGGGGCUUCAUGUGUGCACUGGAGGCUCUCAGAGGCUGCUGACAAUGCACUCGAAAUAAAAAUGUACACGCACGCUCUUGGGCAAAUUUGUAAUAUGCGAUAUUUGUACAUAAGUAAAGAUCAUUUGAACUGAUUUGAGUGUCCGUUUUGGCUGCUUUUAAAAAGUAAAUACUAGAUCUCUGAAGUCCUGUUUUUAUGCACGUCAUCCUUUCGUUUGUUUAAUGUAUGUGCCGUGUAAGGUUUACAAUAAACAGGGAAUUUCUACAUCGUUAUUCAUUAAUGUUAUUUUAAUACACUCUUACACUCAGUAUUUGCCUGUCGCUGGACAAAUUGUUAGUUAGUUCAUUUGUUCGGAAGUUAAAUAAAGAAAGUUACUUAAAUCAGAAAAGUUAAAUUAGAAAGACAGAGAGGGAGUUUUAUUAAUUAGACAAACUAGUUAGUUAGUUAAUUUGAGCAUUGGCCAGACUAAAAGAUGGUUACACAAAUAGCCAAUACGUUUGAGUGACAGUUAGACAAACAGUUAAAGGACCUCGCUAAUGCUGUGAACAUUGCCACUG